AACCAGGCGAUGAGGACGAACCUCGCGCGUCGUCGCCCGACGAAAUGACUUCGCCAUGAAGUAAAAUAGGCUGAAAACCAAAAUGAACAUCGUAGAGCAGAAACUUGCGGACUUGGUACAUGAACAUCCGAAUCUGUACGACCAAUCCCGGCAAGACUACAAAGACAAUCUGAAGGGGCAUCUGUCAUGGAGAGAAAUCGCGGACAACAUGGGAAAGUCUGAGGAGGCGGUGAAGCAGAAAUGGAAAAAUCUGCGCGACAAGUUCUGCAAGGCGAAGAAGCGAAUGGCGAAGAGAAGCUCGCCUCUGCCGACAGACGAAGAGAACCCGCUGGACAGGGCUGUCCCGGUGCUGUACCACCAGCUGGCCUGGCUCAGCUCAUAUGUCAAACCUAGGGUAGAAACUGUCCCGGGAGAAACCGAAGGGGUAGCUGGAAGCGGUGAUGACAUGGAGAGAGAACGAGAUAAAGAAAUGAAGGAGCAGCAUUACUCUAUGCCUGUCGUUAGUACAAGCUAUUCUCUUGUUGAGUCCUGUCCAAAUAACCACCAGGAGAUGGGAGUCUCUCUUAAACGUAAAAGGCAAACCACUACAGAAACCGAGAUAAGUUCUGCAGAUGCACUUUCAAACCUCAGAGAUGAAGAUGAACUGUUUCUGCUCAGCCUGCUGCCCUCACUGAAGAGGCUUACCAUUAAAAAAAGGAUGGAGGUACGGAUGAAAUUCCAGCAAGUGCUUUAUGCUGCAGAGUUUGAGGACUAAAGGGAUCAUUAUUAAAACUGUAUGGUUGCUGGUAUGGCUUGUUCUGGGUUAUUAAAAGCAUUCAACAUGUAAAUAGUUUCUAUAAAUUAUUAAAACGUUUCUAGUAUUUAUUUUUUUUGAUCAGCACUGCCAUUAAAAUGAUCAUUUCAGCCAUUAAAGCACUUCAAUUCCGCAAAACACGUGAGCACCUGUUAACCUGGUAACUUGUGAAAAAUUAGAUUUGAGUUUUGCUUGUCAGUGUUGCUUGCGUCUUUUCAAAUUAGUUUUGUAGAUUUGACACAGCUCUCUGUCUGCACAUUUAUAUCUCUGCUUCAUCUUUCUGAAAAGAGUCAUCUCUAUUGUAUAUAUUUUAUACAAAUAAAUAUGAUAUUGUU